AUGGUGGGCCUCAUUUUUCGCGCGCUCGUUUUCCGAGACCAUGUGUGGUGGCACUUUGGGCAAAUCUCCCGGCGGCCCCCGAUAGGACCGGGCCCGCCUCAGCGGGGGCCUCGGACUCAGGCCGGAAGUCCCGCGAGGGUUGCGGCUGUGGCGGGCCGGUGUCUGCGCGCAGCGUGCGCGGCCGCGUGGGCAAUGGGGCGGCGGGCGCGGGGCCGGCGGCUCCAGCAGCAGCAGCAGCAGCAGAGGCCGGAGGGCGCGGAGGACGGAGCCGAGGACGGAGGGAAGCGCAGCCAGGCGGGCUGGGAAGGCGGGUACCCUGAGAUCGUCAAGGAGAACAAGCUGUUCGAGCACUAUUACCAGGAGCUCAAGAUCGUGCCCGAGGGCGAGUGGGAUCGCUUCAUGGACGCUCUCAGGGAGCCCCUCCCGGCCACUCUGAGAAUUACUGGUUACAAAAGCCAUGCAAAAGAAAUUCUUCACUGCUUGAAGAACAAGUAUUUUAAGGAAUUGGAGAACCUGGAGGUGGAUGGUCAGAAAGUUGAAGUUCCACAGCCACUGAGUUGGUAUCCUGAAGAACUUGCCUGGCACACAAAUUUAAGUCGAAAAAUCUUGAGAAAGUCCCCCCAGCUGGAAAGGUUUCAUCAGUUCCUGGUUAGCGAAACUGAAUCUGGAAAUAUCAGCCGCCAAGAGACUGUGAGCAUGAUCCCACCGCUGCUGCUGGACGUCCAGCCACAUCACAAGAUCUUAGACAUGUGUGCAGCUCCUGGAUCCAAGACCGCACAGUUGAUCGAAAUGCUGCACGCUGACAUGAAUGUCCCCUUCCCAGAGGGCUUCGUGAUAGCCAAUGACGUGGACAACAAGCGCUGCUACCUGCUCGUGCACCAGGCCAAGCGGCUCAGCAGCCCCUGCAUCAUGGUGGUGAACCACGACGCGUCCUGUAUCCCGCGGCUCACCGUGGAUGUGGACGGCAGGAAGGAGGUCCUCUUCUACGACCGCAUUUUAUGCGAUGUGCCUUGCAGUGGGGACGGCACCCUGCGGAAGAACAUCGAUGUCUGGAAGAAGUGGAGCACCUUGAACAGUCUGCAGCUGCACGGCUUACAGCUGCGGAUCGUGACACGUGGCGCUGAGCAGCUGGCGGAAGGGGGGCGCAUGGUGUACUCCACAUGCUCCCUGAACCCCAUUGAGGACGAGGCCGUUAUUGCAUCACUGCUGGAGAAAAGUGAAGGCGCUCUGGAGCUUGCCGAUGUGUCUGCUGAGCUGCCGGGGCUGAAGCGAAUGCCUGGACUCAUGCAGUGGAAGGUGAUGACAAGAGAGGGACAGUGGUUUGCUGACUGGGACGAGGUUCCCCGCAGCAGGCACACCCAAAUCCGGCCCACCAUGUUCCCGCCAAAGGACCCCGAAAAGUUACAGGCGAUGCACCUGGAGCGCUGCCUUAGGAUACUGCCGCACCAUCAGAACACCGGCGGCUUCUUCGUGGCCGUCCUGGUGAAGAAGUCUCCGAUGCCGUGGAAUAAGCGUCAGCCUAAGGUCCAGGGGACACCUGCAGCGGGCAGAGAAGCCACAGCAUUGAGCCCUGAAGCUCCCAUGGAAGGGACUCCUGGUGAUGCCUCCGAGCUGGAUGGUCAGGCGGCCUCAGGGACCGGCGACGCAGAGGUCCCGCAGGCAGCAGAGCACUCAGAGAACAGUGAUGACAAGAAGGACGGUGUGUGCGGUCCUCCUCCAUCAAAGAAGAUGAAGUUGUUCGGGUUUAAGGAAGACCCAUUUGUGUUUAUCCCCGAAGACGACCCGCUCUUCCCGCCCAUUGAGAAGUUCUACGCGCUGGGCCCCUCGUUCCCAAGGAUGAAUCUGCUGACCCGGACCACGGAGGGCAAGAAGAGGCAGCUCUACAUGGUGUCCAAGGAGCUGCGGAACGUGCUGCUGAACAACAGCGAGAGGAUGAAGGUUAUUAACACAGGGAUAAAAGUCUGGUGUCGAAACAGCAGUGGUGAAGACUUUGAUUGUGCUUUCCGGUUGGCACAGGAGGGGAUAUAUACGUUAUAUCCAUUUAUUAAUUCACGAAUUAUUACCGUGUCCAUGGAAGACGUUAAGAUUCUAUUGACCCAGGAGAACCCAUUUUUUAGAAAACUCAGCGUGGAGACGUACAGCCAAGCCAAGGACAUGGCAAAGGGAAGCGUUGUGCUGAAGUACGAACCGGAUUCCACGAACCCGGAGGCCCUGCAGUGCCCGGUGGUGCUGUGCGGGUGGCGGGGAAAGGCCUCCAUCCGGACCUUCGUGCCCAAGAAUGAGCGGCUGCACUACCUCCGGAUGAUGGGACUGGAGGUGCUUGUGGAGAAGAGGAAGGAGGGCGCCCCACUUCCCACUGAGGGCGCGGCCGGCCCCGGGUCUCCAGAGGGCGGGGCAGAGGAGCAGCUGGCAGAGGAGCCCCAGGCCAAAGACACCAGCGGCCCAGGCACCACCCCAGGCUGUGAGCAGGUCCCGGCUGAGCCCCCCGGGGAGGAUGCUGUGCGCUGAGCUGGGGCCCUGGUGUCAGACUGGAAGUCAUUGCCUCCGCAGGCCGGGGAGUGUGUUAAGACUGAGACUCUGGGAUGACCCGCGCUUGGUACUUGGGUUCAGUACCAGGUACUGCUCAGUACUGCUCUGUGGAGCUGAGGAGGAAGUGUCCUCGUGGUCCCGGGUGCUGGCUUUCCUUGCUGUGUGGAGUGGGCCUGCGUGGCUGUCUGCCGGUCCCCACGGUUGUCCUGUGCUUCAGGAGCAGCUGCAGCAGCUGCUGGGCCCUGCUCUUGUGCCUCCCUUCGCCCCAAGGGCGAGUGUUUUACAAGCUCAUAUCAUAGGCAGAGUCUGCUGUUAGAGCUCGAAGUGAGGGGCUGAGGGGUGCGGGUGGCUGGGAUCCUGUGCCUUUGUCCCCUUGGUCAGGAAGCCAGGAGACCUUCUGAGGAAGAGGAAGCACCUGGCCAGCUGUGAGGCCGUCGGGGUUCUCUGCUUUUCUUCAGUGGCUGCUUGGCAGUUUUUAUUUUUAAAAGGGGUUGAAAAUCCCGAGAUUGUUUAAAUAAAGAGCUAUUAAUAAUA